AUGAAGAUAGGCCUCAAGUGUGCUGUUGUCAUUCUUUUUAUAUACAGACAGGCCGUCAUGCUUCAUGAACUCAUAUUCAUACACUCGUGCAUCGCGCACUUGAAACAAAAGACGCUUUGGUUCAACUAUGACUCUACCAUGGGCAAACUCGCAACAAGCACAGAUUCAUUCUUUUCAAGUCAAGAAAACGCAUACAGAUUAAGAUCACAGAAAGUGCUCGCUAAAAUGAGACUAAUAACAUUCCAUACAGUAACAAUAUUUCUGUUCCUUACCAACAGAUUCAAAAACUGUAUAAUUGGUAUUUGGAAAAAAAUCAAAAUUCCAGAUCCGGAAGUUGCAUUGUCUACACUUAUGCUUUUUGCAAUUACACUAAUAGAUACAUUAUCUGGGCAUAAAUCCUUGGCUAUACAAAAAUCAUACUUAUUCAAAUAUUUCUCUCCAUCAUGGAUAGCUCCUUUGGCUUUUAUGCUAGAAGUGUUUUUAUUCAUGCAUCUGGUGGCUUGCCUGCUCGGUAUGUUUGGACUAAAGUUCGUUGCAUUGUGCUAUAUUGUUAUGUGUGUUCAGGUUGUAUUUCGUAUAUCCGGAUACACAGGCAAGUACAGUGAUAAUAUGAUAAAGAUACCUGUAGAUGUAUUCAAUGACGAAGUAAAACACAUGCUCGAAUGUGAGUGUCUUGAUGAAUCUGUUUAUGCUACACCAAAGCAAAAAAUAACGAUGAAUGCUCUUCAUGCGGGUGUGCUAGAUAAAAAACGAAUAGAAGUUCAUGGAGGCAUCGCAGAGACUGUUCCUGAAGAUAUGAAUGUAAUCUUAAUCCAUGAAAUAGGACAUUCUAUAGACAACAUCAUGCUUAAAAGGCUGCUGCUUGAAUGUUUCAUAACAUUAUUGGAAAUGCUUAUGUUUGCAUGGAUAUUCAAUUCGGGACAUAAAGCACUCGGAAAUGUAGACAUGUCGCCAGAAACAUUUACUAUCUUGACUUUUGUUUUGUAUGUUUGCAUGGGAAAGGCUGUGGUUUACACAUUCUAUAACUUAUAUUCACAGAACUCAGAAAUAUUUGCUGACAGUGUUGUGAAGGAUAGAGGAUACAAGGAUGACCUGUUUAGGAUAUUGUUUAAGCUGACACUCGACAACAGAUGUGUUGUAGACACUACUUUCUUAUACAACGCAAUGGUCUCGUUGCAUCCGAGUAUUCGAAAAAGAAUAGAAAUUAAUGCUGAUGAUUGA